CCCAAGCUACAGUCGCCCUGUGUGUGCAGGCAGCAGCCACCUGGGAACUCGUGAGCUCGCGGGAGCUCCCAGGCACUCCCAGCAUCACAGAACCAGGGCCAGGUGUCCCGGUGGCUGCUACCAAGCUAGGCAUUCUGCUAGGUAGGCGGCUGCACCAGGGCGAGAACUGACAAUCUGCCGCUCAACCCCAUGCUGGGCGACUGCUCUGUGCCCAUGCAGUGUCCUGAUCUCCGUGUGGUGGAGAAGUGGGGCGGGACGCACGGCCGAAGGGCCUUCAGGCUGGGCGCACUGGCCAUCCCGAGGCCGCGCAGGCCAUGCCCCUCCAGCCUGCCAGGGCACCCAAGCUGCAGCCGCCUCCAGGCAACCUCCGAGCCCGCGCGUACUCCCAACAUCGCAAACAGGGCCAGAUGUCCCAGUGGGUGCGGCCAAGAGAAGCGGUCUGCCCGGCGGCGGCGGCUGCUCCAGAGCGGGAACCGGCCUUCAGCCCCAUCCCCUGUAGCUGAGGAGGGCCCCUGCCAGCUGCCCCGCGAGCCCGGGAGAAUCCGCAAGCCAGCGGCGCCUGCGCCAGAGCUGCCGCUGCCCCCUAUCGUCGCGCGGGCUUGGGAGAAGCUUCUGGGGUCCCACGGCGCUGAGCAGUGGGCGCGCGCCUAACGGCUUCACCCGGUUCACUCCGUCUGACAGAUCGGAGACUGCCGGUGUCGCUGCUGAAGGCUGUGGUGGACCGGGCUGGAUAACAGAUUCUGAGCUACAUCGCGGGUUUGGGGGUGGAUUUGGGGCUG